AUGUGGCCUGAGCUCAACCCAACCACAACCUCGACCGAGCCACUCUUGACCGCGCUCUUCUAUGGACGAAUGCCUCCUCUACCGCAGAAUAUAACCAUGAAGAGGCGGAUAAGCCAUGAUGGAAAACGAAAAUAUGAUGUGCCGCAGAAAAGGGAGAAGUUUUCGUCAACUGGACCAAAAACAUGGCUACUUGUUGGGAUCCUGGCGGUCAUUUGGUUAUUCACUACACUUGAACGCAACAUUAAACUAAGAAAUGGGCUGAAACUCCGGAAUGAAGGACAGCAACAUCCCACAGAAGAGGCGAACGUCCUCCGGGACAAUGGGUUGACAAAGGAUGUCCAAUGGGAUAAAUAUAUCAAAUCCCAGUGGCUCGACCUACUGCAAAAAAUUAAGGCCAGUGACUUUGACCACUGGCGAGAUUGGCAACCUUUUCUGGAUAUGGCUAAAGCUGUAGGGCUUUGGGUCCUUAUAUUAACGCUGAGACCACCGGAGGAGGCAUCCCAGGUAAGGAGAUUUUGCCCAGAUGAACCUACAGCUAACAUGUCUAUAGGUUGGGUUGUCGCAGAAGUAGCAGGAAAUCUGAGAAGUAAUAAUACGGAUUAUCAUGAAACAUGGGCACCAUAUAUUGCAGCUGUCUCAGAAAUCAUCCGGCGCAAUCAGAUUACGGAAGGAGGUCCUAUCAUUGCCGUUCAGGCAGAAAACGAGUAUACCGAUAACCCAAAGUACGGGCCACCUUUCAAAGCUGAGAUGAUGGAGCAGCUUCGCAAGGCUUUCAUUGAUGCAGGGGUCGUAGUCCCGUUAACCCACAACGACGCCGGUAUGAAUGGCUACUACGUGAAUGGCACUGGUUCACCAGAUUUAUACGGUUUCGACGAGUACCCUCAAGGUUUUGAUUGCACUCACCCAUCAACAUGGGGCAAUCUAACAAAGAACUACCAUGAGUAUCAUACUCGUGUGUUUCCGGAUUCCCCACUCUACAUACCAGAGGCCCAGGCGGGUGCCUAUGAUCCAUGGGGCCCUUCAUCCCCGACAUAUGACAAGUGCCGCCUAUUGACAGGCCCGUCCUUCCAAAAUAUUCUGUACUAUCAUAUGCUCGCGAGCAACGCAAAGAUGAUCAACUUGUAUAUGAUGUACGGUGGGACAUCAUGGGGUAAUCUUCCCUUUCCAGGUGUCUACACGUCCUAUGAUUACGGGAGUCCAAUCAGGGAGUCGAGAUCUCUCAGCGACAAAUACCUACAUCUUAAAUUGUUGGGACUUUUCCUGCGGAGUGUCCCAGAUUUCUAUCAGACGGAUGUUGUCAGUAUCUCGAAUCUUGGAGCGGACAAUAAUCAGCAAAGUCCGAUGCAUAUUCAUCUGCGGAAUCCGAUAACUCGGGCCAGAUUCCAUUUCAUUCGGCACAAAGAUGUCUCUUCCAAUACUUCGCUCCCGUACACUCUGAAACUGCCGACCCUCUAUGGAACAUUGUCUCUGCCACUGUUCUAUGAACACUUUACGUUGAAAGGCCGGACAACGAGUCUAUUGAUAACCGAUCUUUCGUUUGGCGCUUCUCGUCUAACGUACACUUCUGCCUCUGUCCUCUUCGCUGGAGUGAUGGGUGGACGAGAUGUCCUUGUACUCUAUGGUGAAGAAGAUGAAGGUUACGAAGCCAUUAUCAAACUCCAUGGGCGACCACGAUCCUUCACAAGGUCUCCAAGAGUAUCUUUGAUCGAUAAUUUCUUAUCUGUGGAUAUCAAAGGGACCUUAAUUUCCUUCCAGCCUGGAAUACGUGGAUUGAUAGAAGUAUGGGACUCUGAUACCUUAUUAGUCCUGUACUGUGAUAGAGAAAUGGCCACCUCCUUCCAUGCUCCUUCCAUUCCUGGGCCAUCAGAGGAUCCAUUCAACGAAUUCUGGGGGAUCGGGACGAAUAGCUCGGUAUUGAUUGGAGGACCAUACCUCGUACGUAGUGCACGCAUUGAUGGACCAACUCUCGCUUUUCAAGGUGAUAUUCAAGGCGACACCAUGUUGAGGCUCAUUGGAAUCCCUCCUUCUGUCCGUCGUAUUACGUGGAAUGACAUGGAAAUCGAAGGCUUUGCAGGUUUUGACGAUACUCCAAGCGUGCUAACAGGGACUUUGCAGACACGAAAAGCCUUCAAGGAGAUCAAAGUGCCAAAGCUGGGACCAUGGAAGUAUCGAGACAGUCUUCCAGAGAUCAGCGAUGGUUUAGAGGAAAGUGAAUGGGUCAUUGUAUCAAAUACUACGACAAAUAGUCCCUACAAGCCGUACUUUGGUGAUGGACCGGUGUUAUACGGCUGUGAUUAUGGUUUUUGUGAGGGUGCCUUAGUUUGGCAAGGAACCUUUAAUGCUACGGAAGACCUCGAGGGUGUCCAACUGGUGAUAAAUGGGGGUGAAGCUUUUGCGGCUAGUAUCUGGCUUAAUGGUCAUUUCCUCAAGUCGACAUACGGAAACUAUCCAGACACCUAUCGCGGAAUCUUUAAUAAUGGUGGCUUAUACGGAGAGCGGAAAGGAUGGCAUCUGCCUGGAUUUCCAGAUUCUGACUGGGCAGUACGGGCUUUGGAGCAAGGCAUACCUGAUAAGGCGGCUGGAGUUGGCUUCUUCCGCACUGAAUUCACUCUAAGCAUUCCCAAAGGCUUCGAUGUGAUGAUGAGCUUUGA